UCCUUCCCGAUGCCGUUGGUUGCGUCACAGCCAUCCAGGUACCUCCCGAUCCCCGCCGUCCGAUCCCAUCCAACGGCCCGAUGCGCUUCCCAGAUCCGCAAGCGCCGCGAUAUUUAUCCCGCGGCGGCCUCCAUCUCCUGCUCCACCGAAAAGCCUUUUCGUGUCUCACACCGCCGGUAACCAACGCCGUCGACGUGAGGUUUUCGUGCACCAUCAUCCCAUCUUCUCCUCGCCGCCUUUGGGAAUGCGGAGCAAUGUGGAGGAGCACGCGCACUGACCUCGCCGGCAAGCAUAGCCUGCGCGGCGGCCGCAACUGCCACCGCAAGCACGUCGAGGACGGGUAGAUCGUGCGUCGGCACUCGCCGGCCGGUUCAGUGCGGGGCUCGGGGUUCGGGCCCGCGGGGAGGAGGGGGGGGGGGGGGGCAAUGGAGGACGCGGCGGAGGGGAAGACGAACGUGCUGCAGGGGAGGUACGAGCUGGGGCGCGUGCUGGGGCACGGCAACUUCGGCCGGGUGCACGCGGCGCGGGACCUGCGCACGGGCCGCGGGGUGGCGGUCAAGGUGGUGGCCAAGGACAAGGUGGAGCGCGCCGGGAUGGUGGAGCAGAUCAAGCGGGAGAUCGCGGUGAUGAAGAUGGUGUCCCACCCCAACAUCGUGGAGCUGCACGAGGUGCUUGCCACGCGCACCAAGAUCUACCUGGCCCUCGAGCUCGUCCGCGGCGGCGAGCUCUUCGCCCGGAUCUCCCGCGCCGGCCGCCUCCGGGAGGACGUCGCGCGGCGGUACUUCCGCCAGCUCAUCUCCGCGGUCGACUUCUGCCACGGCCGGGGCGUGUACCACCGCGACCUCAAGCCCGAGAACCUGCUCCUCGACGAGGCCGGUAACCUCAAGGUCGCCGAUUUCGGGCUCAGCGCGCUCGCCGGCCACGCACGCCCCGACGGGCUGCUCCACACCGCGUGCGGCACGCCGGCGUACGUGGCCCCCGAGGUGCUCGGCGGGAACGGCUACGACGGCGGCAAGGCUGACAUCUGGUCCUGCGGUGUCAUCCUCUACGUGCUCCUCGUCGGCGCACUUCCAUUCCAGGACGAGAACCUCAUGUCCAUGUACCGCAAGAUGCAGCGCGGCGGCUUCCUCUGCCCGUCGUGGGUCUCCAAGGACGCCCGGAAGUUGAUCGGCAGGCUGCUCGACCCCAACCCGAGCAGCCGCAUCACGAUCGCCAGCCUCGUCGAGUCGCCGUGGUUCAAGAAGACGUCGCCCAUUCCGAGCCCCCUCCUGGAGGCCGUGCCAUCAGCGGCCGCGCGCGGCAACGGCGAGGACAAGGACGAGCCUCCGGAGGCGCUGAACGCCUUCCACCUGAUCUCCCUCUCCGCGGGCUUCGACCUGUCGCCGCUGUUCGACCAGGAACCGGCGACGGGGCGCGGGACGAGGGGCGGCGUCAUGCGGUUCGCGACGCGGGAGCCGGCGAGCGGCGUGAUCUCGCGGCUGGAGGGCCUGGCGACCGGCGGGGCCAUGCGCGUGACGAAGAGCGGGGCGCGCGGGGUGCGGCUGGAGGGCGCCGAGCGCGGGCGCAAGGGGCGGCUCGGGGUGGCGGCGGAGUUCUUCAGCGUGGCGCCGUCAGUGCUGGUGGUCGACGUCAAGAAGGACGGCGGCGACACGAUGGAGUACCGGUCGUUCUGCAGCGACGAGCUCCGGCCGGCGCUCAAGGACAUCGUGUGGGCUGCUGCCGCCGCCGCCGCCGCGUCCCCCGGUGACCCCCCUGCCCCCACUUGAUGUCGCUGUCGUCCACGCCACCAUUAUUGCCCCUGUCUGUCACUGUUGCUAUCCGGCCGUAAUUAGGUGUGCAUUAUUGUUCGGUGCCGAAGUUGAUGGCUGCUGCUGGUAAUGGUUGUGCUUGUAGUUGUUGGCUGGUUUUUGCGCGCGGCAGCAGGACAGAGUCGGCGCCAAGUGAUGUGAUGUCUGCGUCUGCCAAUAGUAUUGUUAUGAACUCUUUGAAUAACAGUACCAUGUUGUUUCGUAAA